GAACUAUGGAUAGCAAUCAUGUCAUACCGAGUAGCUAUUAAUCUAUUGAGUAAACAUUCAUCGUUUCUCUUUUCUUGUUAUAAUUUUUCUAGCGAUUCUUUAAUGUAUAUUUUCUAACAUUGUUAUCUUUAAUUACAUAUUAACAAGCUCAAAGCAUAUUUAGCAACACAAAAUCACAAUAAAUAAAUUUCAUAUAUAUAUCCUAGUAGAGGCUAGAAAUUAUUCGGGUUAGAAACUUCCAUUUCUUUAAAAAAUGGCACAAAAUGGUGAAGAAAUAAUAAUGGGAGAAAAAUACAAAUAUUGCAAAGAUGGUUAUUAUCAACCACUUGAGAAUUCAAUUGCAUAUAUGGAACCUCUCCUCAUUGAUUAUUCCAUCCUUAUCUCCUCCUCUUCAUCACAAGAAGCAAAAGAUGAGCUUCAAAAGUUCAAAAAUGCUCUCUCUUCUUGGGGCUGUUUCCAGUUGAUAAACCAUGGAAUACCAAGAUCAUUAGUUGAUGAGAUAAGAGAAGUAUCUAGAAAGUUCUUUGGAUUUCCAAUGGAAGAGAAGCAGAAAUAUGCAAUGUUACCAGAAGGUACAAAUGGGUAUGAAGGUGGAGCUGUUACUAAACCUACUUCUAAAGACCAAGUUCUUGAUUGGAAUGAAGGGAUUAAUCUUACUCUCUUUCCUGAAGACCGACGUCAGCUUCAUUUUUGGCCUGAAAAUCCUCCUAAUUUCAAGAAGGUGUUCCAUGAAUACUCAACAAGGUUAACAACCAUCUUUGACGUCCUCUUCGAGCUGGUGGUUCAGUCGUUGAACGUGGACGAGGAAAAAUUUACUAAUCAGUACGGGAAAAAUAAAGAAAUUAAUGUAAGAUUGAAUUUUUACCCAAAAUGUCCAGGCAUUAAACAAGUUCUUGGGUUGAAGCCACACGCAGAUUUUUCAGCAUUGACAUUACUCUUGCAAGACGAGGAAGGACUUCAAGUCCUGAAAGAUGAUCAAUGGUUCAUGGUUCCGGUCAUUCCUCAUGCUCUGUUUCUCAACCUCGGCGAUCCAGUUGAGAUAAUGAGCAACGGUAUCUACAAGAGUGCGGUACAUAGAGUCGUGGCAGAUACAGAGAAAGAAAGACUCUCAAUUGCUGCAUUUUGGGAUAGCGAUAGGGGUAAGGAUAUCGGACCGUUAGAUGAGCUCGUAACAGAUGAUCGUCCACAACUUUACCAAAGGGUGUCACUCAAAGAUUAUAUCACUAAAUUUGUAGAUUACUACCAAUCUGGGAAGAGACCGAUCAGUUCUUUGAAAUUUUAAAUUUGUAUGAUCGGAUUAAUUUAAAUUUCUGAAUGUGAAAUUAGUUUAAACUUUUAUUUUUUUACCCAUAAGUUUAAGGCCCGGUGGAUACGGAAAUGUCCGAGCUCGAGCCCGGAGCCAAACGCUGGCAAAGGAAUAUAGUUUGCUAAUACUUACUCCACAUGUGUUUGGGGCUCUAUUGGCUUAUGCCUAGACUAUGUGUACUAUGCUCUAUGGAUAUUUGCUUUCUCUAUUUCGCUAUACGAGAGUGACUAUUUCAAA